AAAAACGCACUUGCUUUCAUCGAGUCAUACUCAACCAAUGAAAUUAAUGAAUAUUAAAACUGUGUUCAUUCCGAUAUGAAUUCUGAUAGCAAAAAAUGGCCACAAUUCCUCGUUGUCAUCAGUGCGUCCAUCGUUGUCUUCACUGCUGGGUUACAUACAGGAUGGCCGGCGCCAUCUCUUCCAAAAUUAUUGUCCAACGAGUACCCUUUUGACAUCACGAAUGAAGAAGCUUCCUAUAUUGUCAUAAUCGGGAGUCUGGGGAAUUUCUUCGGAAGCUUCGUGGGAAACGUCUUCAUGGACAAAAUCGGACGUCGAAAAACCUUGUUAUUAAUAGCCUUGCCCCAACUGGUAUCGUUUCUGUGUAUUGGUUUUUCGUACCACCUUGUCGAACUACUGUACCUUGGUAGAUUUAUGGGUGGAGUGGGUGAGGGAAUGACCGCCACAGUUAUCUUGUUCUACAUUGGAGAGAUAGCAGAACACGCCGUUAGAGGGAGUAUGGCUACACUUGUUUUAGUCGCGUGGUACUCCGGAGUACUAAUCGUGAACAUAGUCGGAUCGUACUUAUCUAUACGAGACACAGCUCUCAUGUUAGCUGCCUUUCCACUACUUUUCGUAGUACUAUUCUACAAGAUGCCCGAAAGUCCGUUCUAUCUUUUAAUGAAAGACGAAGACAAAAAAGCAGAACGUGCGUUGAAAUUCCUGCGGAGAACCUCAACCGUACUGGAAGAACUCGUGCACGUAAAAGUAGACGCUGGUCACUACAUGUGUGAAGGUACUACCGUCAGACGUAUCUUCACUUCAAACAGAAGAGCUUUCUUCACAAUAGUAGGACUCCGCUUCUUCCAACUAGCAACAGGAGUAGCUUCCUUCAAUCUCUACUUUCAACUUCUUCUAAAACAAGCCACUCGAAUUGUGGAUCCAGAUGUAGGUGCUACGAUCGUUCUCUUCACCCAAUUGGUCGUGACUGUUUGCUCCUCCUUCGUUAUCGACAAGUGGGGCCGCAAGCCCCUCCUUCUCGUCUCCACUAUUGGCUGCUUCCUCAACUUAACCAUCCAAUCGGUUUUCUUCAUUUUGAAAGAACGUACUACCGUGGACGUGUCAGCAGUCGAUUGGUUUCCCCUCGUGAUGAUGUUCUUGCAUAUAUUUUUGUAUUCGUUGGGGUUGGGGGUGGUGGUGAGUGUGUUAACGAGCGAGAUGUUUCCAGCAAUUGUUAAACCGAAGCUGAUUUGUUUGGUGAACGCGUUUUAUGCGUUGGUGACUUUAGUGUGUACCAAGUACUACCAAUUUACGGCUGACGAGUUUGGAUUGGUGGUACCGUUUCUGACUUUUGCGGUUUUGACUAUGGUGGGGAUUUUGUUUAUUUGGUUUGUUGUUCCUGAGACGAAGGGGAGCUCGUGGGAGGAGAUACAGGAGAUGUUGAUGGCGAAUAUUGUGUUUUAACUGACUGUAGACAAAUUUUAAAGAAGAGUAAAAAUUUUUAAAACUCUAAUAUUGAAUAAAAU